AUGCCUAAAAAACAUGAAGUUAUUGCAAUCCAUGUGGGGCAACCUGGCGUGCAAAUUGGAAGUGCAUUAUGGGAGUUAUUUUGUCUGGAACACGGUAUACGUCCCGAUGGUUAUUUAUAUAACGAAAAUGAAUGGUACGAUGAUUAUGAUGCUGUAUUUUCUUUGGAUAGUGAAGGCAAGAUUACACCUCGUGCACUCAUGAUUGAUCUAGAACCAUCUGUCGUCGCGUACCGGGAAUUAUUUCCUCCGGAACUGCUUCUGACCGGAAAAGAAGACGCUGCAAGUAAUUACGGCCGUGCGUUCUGUAAUCUAGGGCCUGGAAUUCUGGACGACGCUGUGGAGAGAAUACGCUGCAUUGCUGAAGAUUGCCCUUUGCUCCAAGGUUUAGUCAUUUUUCGCGGACUUGGAGGCGGCACCGGAUCUGGUUUUAUGGAUUUAUUUUCAGAACAAUUGGCCGAUGAAUUUGGAAAGGAAUUUAAAAUACACUUCUCAAUAUGCCCUUCGCCUCAGAUUUCAUCGAAUACAACAGAGCCGUAUAACGCUCUCUUAACAACACAUGGAAGUCUCCCACAUGAAAAUAUGUGUGUUCUAAUCGACAAUCAAUCGAUUUAUCGAAUGUUGGAUAUUCUUCAAGUUCCGCAUCCCACGUUUACUAAUGUCAACAGAUUAAUAGCUCAGGUAAUAGCUAUUAAUAGCCCUAAACAUUUGGAAGGUAUGCUACUUUUGAUUAUAGUGGUGUCUGCUGUUACAACAUCCAUGAGGUUUGAAGGACCUUUGAAUUCAGAUAUUCUGGAACUUGUAACAAACCUGUUACCUUUUCCACGAAUUCAUUUCCCGUGUGUUUCGUAUGCCCCUCUUAUACCUGGCCAUAAAUGCAAAUGUGCAGUGCCCGAAACUCCGUCUGUAAUCGAACUUACAACAGAAUGCUUCGACGAGUGCAAUCAUUUUUUAAUGUGUGACAUGGAACAAGGGCAGUAUUUAUCUUGUUGCAUGUUCUUCCGAGGCGACGUGUGUCCGACUGACAUUAAUUACGCAAUUUACGUGAUAAAGAAACAUAAAAUUGUCAAUUUUGUGGACUGGUGUCCAACGGGCUUUAAGAUUGCAAUUAACUACCAACCGCCAACGACUGUGCCAAUAGGAGAUUUGGCACCAACUCCACGAGCAGUUUGCAUGUUGGUUAACAGCACAGCCAUUAUGCAAGUCUGGGAGCGACUACUUGCAAAGUUUGAGUGUUUAUAUGAAAGAAAAGCUUUCGUACAUCAUUACAUAAACGAAGGAUUGGAAGAAUCUUUGUUUCAAGAAAGUGCAGAAACCGUGAACUCUCUCAUAGAUGACUACAAGGAAACGGAAACGGAUAACUACGAAGACGACGAC